CAGGAUAUUCCAAGGGCUCAGAGGAUAUCUCAGGAGCCAGUCAAGGGCCAGUCCUGAAGAUCUUUGAGAUGUUCAGCGUUUGGGCAACCCAGGCCUCCUGAGUUAACCCUUUAGUGCAUACAUAUAUUAACUUAAUCUUCACAAUAACCUCUGUGGAGUAUUCUGUUACUGAUAGACUUUCCCUUUGUCUGCACUGAGUUGGUGGCCUAAGAAAGAAAGCUUUAGGUAAUUUUAAAAACUGUCCAUAAAUUCAAGGAAGGGCUAUAAAGGUAUUUCUGGAAGAGAGAACUGCAGUGCUAUGAACCCAUGCCCUAAGGAUUAGAAAUACACUUCUGUGUAUUGUUCCUGCAAGGAUCAUUUUGAAAGAGAAGGAGGCAAAUCUUUUUUUAUAUCUCUUCUUGAUUCAUUUUGUAUAGCUUUCUGGGUAGACUAUAGAAUUUAAUAAUUUAGGCACUAUGACACCAUAAUAUUAAUAAUUAACAUAAUGGCAAGCAUUUUUAGAGCAUUUACUACAUGCCAGGCACUGUUAGUCCAACAAAGACCAUCUUCAGUACAUACUGUUACUAUCAUUUUGCCAGGCAAAUGCCCUAAUCUCAGUUUCAUCUGUACCAAUGAAAAUACCUAUGUGGUGCAGAAUAAUUAAAUGAAAGUGACUUUUGAUUCCUACUUUGACCUUUUUGUUGCCAUCUUUGGUUAUUUUUCUGUACACCCCCAGUCAUAGGGCUCACUGAACACAGUGGAACCACAUACCCUAGUUCUUCUGUGGCACAUCCUACGUCCUGUACCUGCCCUUCCCCUUGUGCCUGAGGAAUCUCAUCAUUUAAUAUUAAAUUCAAAUAUUGUCUAUACAUACUAUGCAUUUAACUUGUUUAUUAUAUUUGUUAUUGUUUAUUUCCUAUCUCUCCUUUAGCAUAGGAGUUUUACAGGUGUAGGCUUUGCUCCUGAUCUGUUCUCAGGCACCUAGAACAGAGUAGACAAUAGAUAUUUGUUGAGGAAAUAAAUCUGUGUAUUCCUUUCUGCCUUGCUGUCCCUCUCUGUCCUUGGCUUCUGCCCCACUUACACAGGCAAAGUUGGUUGGUUGCCCUUUUCUCCUUUGCUGUGGCAUCCUCGACACAUCUGUUGUAGUACAGCAAUAACUUCACAUUUUUUUUCAGCUUUAUUGAUAUAUAACUUACCAUAAAAUUCCUCCAUUCUGAAUGUACAGUUCACUGAUCUUUAGUAGAUAUGUAGUUAUGCAACCACAGUCCAGUUUUAAAACAUUUCUGUCACCCCAGAAGUUCUCCUCAAGCCCAGUUUUUUUGUUCCCACCCCAACCCCAGACAGCUACUGAUCUACUUACUGUAUGUAUAAAUUUGCCUUUCUGGACAUUUCAUAUAAAUGAGAUUAUACAAUAAAAAUAAAUAAAUAAAUAAACUGACCCAGAGAACUGCAUUUUCUGAGGCCAGUGUGGUGGGCAGCCUCUGAGAUGACUCCCACUGAGCUCUGCCUCCUGAUUCUCAUGGCAUUGUAUAACCUCCUCCUCUGCAGUACCUUGCUUUUGGCCAAUAGAUUAUGGCAACACUGAGGGGUAUCACCUUCCAUGAUUAGGUUACUUCUAUCUUGUUAGCCAACUCUCUGUUGCCUUCUUGGUGUGCAUGCUUUUAUGAAGUAAGCUGCCAUGUUGGAGAGGCCCACGUGGCAAGGCACUGAGGGUGGCUUGUGACAAACAACCAGUGAGGAAAAGAAGCUCCUAGUCCAGAAGAGUCUGAGGAACUGAAUUAUGCCAACAACCACUGAGUGAACUUGGAAGCAGAUCCCCACUUGAAACUUUGGAUGAGAUUGCAGAACCUGGGCUGACACUUUGAUUUUGGCCAUGAGGCAGAAGAUCCAGGUAAGCUGUGUCUGGAUUCGUGACCCACAGAUACCAUGAGAUGAUAAAUAUGUAUUAUUGUAACUGGCUAAGUUUUGGGUUAAUUUGUUAUGAAGCAAUUUAAUAGAGACAGGAAGUGGGGAAGCUCUGAUAAAUUCCAGGGCUCUUGAUGUAUGUACUGCAGUUAUGGCAAAGGCCUUGGACACAGCAUUCCUGUGCCUUACCAAUUCUGUGGUGAAGUGUGUUAAAAUUUUUUCCUCUUUUUAAAAUUGGGUUGUUUGCUUUCUUAUUGUUGAGUCUUGAGAGUUCUUUAUAUAUUCUGGAUAUGAGUCAUUUCCCAGGUAUAUGAUAUGCAAAUAUUUUUCUCCCACUAUAUAACUUACAUUCUCAUUCUCUUAACAUUAUCUUUCAGAGGGCAGCCAUUUUAAAUUUUUGAUGAAGUACAAUUUAUUAUCCAUUUUGUCUUGUAUGGGUCAUACUUUUGGAGUUAUGUCUAAGAAAUCUUUGCUUAACUCAUGUUCAUGGGUUUUCUUAUAUAAAUUUUAUACUUUUAGGCUUUGCAUUCAAUCUAUGAUCCUUUUUUUUUUUUUUUUUUUUUUUUUGCGGUACGCAGGCCUCUCACUGUUGUGGCCUCUCGCGUUGCGGAGCACAGGCUCCGGACGCGCAGGCUCAGCGGCCAUGGCUCAUGGGCCCAGCCGCUCCGCGGCAUGUGGGAUCUUCCCGGACCGGGGCACGAAUCCGUGUCCCCUGCAUAGGCAGGCGGACUCUCAACCACUGUGCCACCAGGGAAGCCCUAUGAUCCAUUUUGAAUACGUUUUUGUAUAUAUUGUGAAGUGAGGAUUGAAAUUCAUUUUCUUGGAUAUUGAUAACCAAUUAUUCCAGCACCAUUUGUUGAAAAGACUUUACUCCUUUGUUGAAAAUCAUCUGUCUGUACAUGAGUUAGUCUAUGUUUAGAUUCCCUAUUCUGUUCCAUUGAUCUGUUUGUCUAUAUUUAUGCCAAUGCCACACUGUCUUGAUUGCUGUAGCUUUAUAAUAGGUGACUUAGUAUAUAACACUUAGUAUUAAUCCUCAAACUUUGUACUUUUGUAAAGUUGUUUUGACUAUUCUGAGUUCUGUGUAUUUUCACAUGAAUUUUAGAAUGAGCUUGUCAAUUUCUCAAAAAAUUGCUGGGAUUUUUAUUGGGACUGACUUUUAUAUCUAAAUCAAUUAGAGAGAGCUGACAUCAUAAUAAUAUUGAGUCUUCUGACUCAUGGACAAGUUAUAUCUAUUUUUUGAGUUCUUUAAUUUUUCUCAGCAGUGUUUUAAAGAUGCAGUGCAUUGUUCUUACAUUUUUGCUAGAUUUAUCCCUAUUUCAUGUCUUUAUAUUUUCAAUGGUAUUGAUUUUUUCAAAUUUCAAUUUCUAUCUGUUCAUUACCAGUAUACAGAAAUACAGUUGUAUCUGUAUAUCAGCUUUAUAUCAUACAACCUUGCGAAAUUCACUUGUAGUUCUAAUAGCUUUUUUUUUCAGAUUCCACAGGAUUUUCUAUGUAGAUGAUCAUGUCAUUUGUGAAUAAAGGCAGUUUUCCUUCUUUCUUUCCAACCUGGAUGCCUUUCAUUUCUUUUCCUUACUUCAUAGCGUUUGCUACGACCUUCAGUACAAUGUUGAAUAGAAGUUCUAAAAGUAGAUAUCCUUGUAUUAUUACUAAUCUUAGAGGAUAAGCAUCUAGUCCAGGGGAACUGGGAACUGGGCUGCACAGCAGGAGGCGAGCGGUGGGCGAGUGAGCGAAGCUUCAUCUGCCGCUCUCCAUCGCUCCGCAUUGCUCUCAUCACCACGUGAACCAUCCCCCCACCCCGUCCGUGGAAAAAUUAUCUUCCACAAAACCAGUCCCUGCUGCCCAAAAGGUUGGGGACCACUGAUCUAGUCUGUCACCAUUAAGUAUGACCUUAGCAGUGGGAUUUUCUUAGAUUUCCUUUAUCAGGUGGAGGAAUUCCUUUCCUAGUUUGCUGAGAUGUAAAAAAUUAGGAAUGCAUGUUGGAUUUUGUCAAACGUUUUUUCUACACUGUUGAAAUGAUCAUAUUGUUUCUUUUUAGUUUGUUAAUAUGAUGAAUUAUAUCAGUAUGAUGAUUUUCAAAUGUUAAACCAAUCUUGCAUUCCUGUGAUAACCCCACAUGGUCAUGGUUUAUUAUCCUCUUCAUAAUUUUUUGUUUCAAUUUGUAAAAUUUUGCUUAGAAGUUUUGCAUCUAUGCUUAUGAGGAAUAUUUGUACUUUUUUUUUUUUUUUCCUUGUAAUGUCUCUGUCUGGUUUUGGCAUCAAGGUAGUGCUGGCCUUAUGGAACAGGUUGGGAAAUAGUCCCUCCUCUUCAAUUUUACAAAAGAGUUUGUGGAGAAUUGGUAUUAUUUCUUCCAAUGUUUGGUAGAAAUAACCAAUAAAGACACCUGCGGGGACUCCUCUAGGGGUGCAGUGGUUGAGAAUCCGCCUGCCAAAGCAGGGGACACGGGUUCGAGCCCUGGUCCGGGAAGAUCCCACAUGCUGCGGAGCAGCUAAGCCUGUGCACCACAACUACUGAGCCUGCGCUCCAGAGCCCAUGAGCCACAACUCCUGAAGCCCGGGCACCUAGAGCCCGUGCUCGGCAACAAGAGAAACCACCACAGUGCGAAGCCCGCGCACCACAACGAAGAGGAGCCCCUGCUCACCGUAACUAGAGAAAAGCCCACGUGCAGCAACGAAGACCCAACAUAGCCAAAAAUAAAUAUAACUAAAUAAAUUAAAAAAAAAAGAAUCUGCUGUAAAAAUAAAUAAAUAAAUAAAAUUCAAAAAAAAAUAAAUAAAAGCCUAAGGAAAAAAAAGAGCUCUGUAAGGAAGUCUCAUUAGUGAGUCUCAAUGGAAGGCAGUGUUUACAUUCUCUUCUCACUCAUCUGCAAGCUUGAGGCCACACAGUCUGGGAGGCAUUCCUUUCUGACUCCCACAACGUCAUUUAAAGAUGCUACCACCGUGGCCUUGCCGUGGUCCCUUCAUGCACCUCUGAUUUCCCAUCAUCCACUGCCUGUAACAUCAAAGCUCUCCAUUUCCACGCCAUAACGAGACUCUGGCCAUCAGGCUGGUGGAGGGUGUGGAGAGUGGAGACAAAGUGGGAGAACAGACAGUGACUGUGAGAGGCACCUUCGGUCCUUGCAGACAACCAGACACCCUCAUCUGCAAACAGAAUCACCACAUUCACUUCUCUAGACAGGUAGAGGUCUUUGACACCACAGCUGCCUUGUGAAAGAGGAGAGCUUUGUGAUGCAGUCUGGUGGCCUGGUUCCGUUGUCUGUGAGGCGGAGAUGACAAAGUGUAGCAUUGGAAGUCACUAGGCGCCAGGACUCUGAAUGCCUACAUAUAGGGAUGGUUGGUCUCCUUGUGCUAAUGAGUAGAUCAUGUUGAGCCCGACUUUUGUUCUGUGGGAUUUGGGGUUUCCCUUAUAUACCUAUGGCUCCAUCUUCAUUAUUAUCCUAAUUGUCUGGCAAGUGAAAAAGUGUUACCAUGGAUUAACAUUGGAACAUAAAAGGAGCUGCUGCCAGCGUCACCGAAAAGUCAGACAAAGGGCUAGAGAUGCAGCAUCAAGAGCUAGGAGACAUUCCCGGGAAGAAGCUGAGAAGCCGUGGGAGCUGCUCUCUGUCAUGAGAAGCCAGGGCUGGCUUCCUCAGGAGGGGAGCGUGCGGCAGAUCCUGUGUGCAGAUCCCUGCUGCCAAACCUGCAACGCUGUGGCUCUGGAGAUUCAGCAGGUGGUGCAGCAUGCCAGGAGACAGCUGGAAUUCCGCCUCCAGAGACAGUUGAUUCACCACCGCUGGGGCCUGCCGCAGAAGAUACAACAGUCCAUUCAAUUGCUCCUGUCCCCCACUAAUCAGCAGACUAUGUCCCGGAGCAGCACAUCCCUAGACAGUGUGAAUGGCUCCCGGCCUACAUCUCUAGAGACCGCUGGGGCUGAUGACUCAUUCUCACCCAUUGUGGACCCAGUGACAGUCCCCAUGCCACACUUGUUUGACCAGGCCAAGGCAAUAUUGCAAAGCCAUAUCGACUCCAAAUGUGGGCAGAUUCACCAGGGCAACGUCCCUGCCUGUGUAUAUAGCUCUUGGGAGUGCAUAAUUCCUGGGGGCCUGGAAGUGACUCCCUUCACCUGCAUCCCAGAAAGCAAGCCCCUGGAACCACAGGCAGCAAGUGACCCGGACCUACAACAGAAAAUUACACCCUGGAUGCUGACAGCCCUUGAUCAGCAGCAACAAACCUCACCAGAUGCUGUCAUUGAACAUCCUAAGCUGCCCCGAGCCCUGUCUGAGGACUCCAUUGAGAAACUGGAGACAACUUUACGGCACAAGUAUCUGGCCUUCUUGUCAGGGCUGCCGGCUCCUUAUUAUGUGGCUCUCUCUAGGGACAUGGCCCCAGCAAUCACUUCCCAAGCUAUGAUCACAGAGAUGGUACCUGGGCCUAUCGAAUUCCCAACAGAACCUCUGACUCAGAUGACCUCACCUGAAGAGCAGGGUCUAAGUCCUGGGUCAGGCUUUCAAGAUGCCAACAAGGCUUGUGCAGACAUUGCAGAUGAAGUCCAGGCUGAAGUGCAGGCGGAAGAAGUAAUUGAGAUGGUGCCUCUAGAAAGUCAGGCAGAGCCUGCGAGGCCCUCCUCACUUGGAGAACACAAAUUGGCCAAACUAAAUUUCCAUCUGAGAAAUAAGAUGCUAGAGAUGCAACUGGGAAUUCCCAUAACGGCAAGGAAGUCCAGGAAACAAAUUGUAGCAGCCUCAGAGAACAUAUGCACACAGGAGUCUCUUGGGAGUCUAAACAACCAAGGAAACACACUGCUCCAGGAACUCCCCAUCCCACGAGAUAUGCCACGUGCCCCAGAUCCAGAAUGCCUCUAUUCCAAAGAACAGCUGGCCACUGAGUUGAAGGCAGCGUAUCAGAAACAGAAGCAACCCAGUUCCAGUGCAGUAUCCCACGGUUCUGUCCACUGGGCCUCCAAUAUCUCGCAACCCAGUGGGGACCUGACAGAGGCCCAGGUGCUUUGUGGUCAGCUGGAGGCCAGUGUGAACAACCACAACCUGAAGGAGCCCUGGAGCCCUGAGUCCCAAAGCCCUGACAAGAGCAAGGACUCAGCCCAAGUACCCACACUGGCAGAAAAGAGAGAGGAGCCAGGCAAACCCAAAUCGGCCGGGGACCACAGAGAAGGGGAUGCCGGGUUUGCAGUCUCCUCCACAAGAGAGAAAAGCCACUCUGCUGAAGCCCAGAGGCCAGAAGGGAUGCUUCUGAAAGGGACACCCUGCAGCCCCUGGCGACGGAGACAUCGCUUUCACCCUGAUGCUCCCUGUCAACACAGUCCCCAGCAUCGCCCUCAGCUUAAACCCCCAGAGCUACCUCCUGGAGUCCCUGGGGGGAAAGACUCUGAGAAGAAUGACCUGCAAGAGAGUCAAGCCAAGCUCAAUGUCAUCCUCAAACCAGCAAGGGUUCCUGAGAAGGCCCAGCCUGUGGUGCCCCAGGUGUCACAGGGCCAGCCUUUCCUAGGCCAGCUCACUCCGGGUAAGCCGUCGCAGGGCCGAACUUUACAAGGUCAGGUUUUUCAGGGGCAGGUGAUGCAAGGCCGUACUCACAAGAGGCCCAGCUUUCCAGAAUCUGGCUGGAGAAAUAAGAUGAAAUCUUUUCUGCACUUUAUUAACCCCAAGACAAAAGGCAAAGGGCGUGAGGAAUCCAUGUCCUCCACAUCUGAGAAAGUGGCCAACACCAGAAAAGAAAAUGUGGGAAAGAGCCUGGCUUCAGCCAAAAGUCCCAAGGGGCAAACUAAGAUGGAGAAGACAAGAGGGGACCCUAAGGCCCAAUUUCCGCCCACUGGGAAGCAGGUGGGCUUGGCGUUCUUGGAUGUGCUCCGCUCCCCAGACAGUAAGCUCCGGCACCGCCCCCGCUCCCAUCAACUCCACUCUGCCUCAGUCCCGGGCAUCCCCUGCUGCCGCCCUCGGCACCGUCCUUGAGUGGCUUGUGUCACCCAACCAGGGAACCCACCCUAAUUCCCAACUCUCACCUCGGAGGGAAGCACUGGUCUGCUCAAGAAGACCCCGCUCAGUCAAGAGACUUUGUAGUCUCUCCAACGUCAGCAUUCCUUGAAGAGGACUGCUACUGUCAUUUUCAUUAUACAAAAAUACACUGUAUAUCUCUAAGUAGAGUGGUGUGCAUCUGCUCCUUCUCUCCACUGCGGUGUGUUCAGGGAAGGCAUAAAGGAGGUAAAUGUCCUUCCUAUCUAGGGAAGGGGCUUUAACCCACACUUAAGUUGGGUAGCAUUCCACCCCACCCCCACCCCGGACUACGGAUAAAGGGACUUGAACAGAGAAGGAAGGCCCUUGUCUAAGGUACAUUGAAGGUAAAGGUCAGGCUUGAAUUUUAUCAUGGUGUCCUUUGGCCCAGAGGAGCAAUGUGGACAUAAGGCUAGAAUUGUCAAGGAGGAGUGGCCAGGAAUCUCACAGGCAAAAUUCACUGAUGACUUCUAUAUGUGCCCACACUCUGGAAGGGAGGUUUUUAGGAGAGUGCCAGUGUUCCACCCUUGAGCAGGUGCUUUGUGUUUAUCAACAGCCUAUAGAUAAUAUGACAACAGUCAAAAGCAAAUGAUAGAAUCUCCCCUCUCCGCUCCCUGUUGGUUAUUGGUUAGGUCUUUCUGGAGAACUCACUUGGGAGGCUGCUGUAGCUCUCUUGCCUCUGUCCCACUUCCACUGUCUAUCAGCUGCAUGGACUGAAUGACAGUGGGAAUGAAGAUCACAGUAGAACAUGGAGAGGGGCUGGUCCCCACUCCCAAGGGUAGGCAGGGAGAGAAGCAGGGAGGGAGAGCAUGUAGAUGGAGGUCUGAAUACCUGGGGUAGAAGUUGACAUGUUCCUGAAGAGGGCAUGAUAAGAGAAAAGGCUGGUUAGCUAUGCACUCUAAAGAACCUUGAGCCAGGAAGCCAACCCAAUACCCAAGUGCUUUUAGGGGAUGGAGAUGAAUAAACUGAGUUUUGGUCUGUUGUCCGUAGUGUGAUGAAGAGCAGUGAGUUGAGCCUUGUUUUCAAAGGCAAUGCAUAUUAAUUUAAAAUUUCUGAAUACUCACCCUCAACCCCAGAAAACUGUUUUCCAGUGUCAGGAAUUGGUAUAACUAUAAUUCUGUGUUUUUGCUCAGCUCAAACAUGAAGUCAGUGACUGUGUUCUAAUCUUGAUAUAUCUCAAGUUUGCCCCCUUUUUUCUGUGUUUACUGCCUCUGCUUGUUAGAUUACUCAUCCAUUCUUGCCUAAAUAAUACAAUAGUGCCUCAUAUCCCCAGGGCUUAGGAUAGUGGUGGCAUAAUAAUACCUUAAUAGUACUUGAAUUGAAAGUCUGGGCUUAGGAAGCAGACAAAUCAUUACAUUAGUGUGAUGAGUGCUAUGGAAUAGGGAAUACUGACACACGAUUACUGGGGUACUGACCUCAGGUCACAAUAAAAACAACCUUGAUUAUGCUGUACACGUUAAACUUAUACAGUGCUGUAUGUCAAUUAUAUCUCAAAACUGGACAAAAAAAGAAUUUAAAAAAUAAUUUUGAGAAAUAUCUUACACUCAGUUAAAAUAUUUACUUACUAUAUGCAAGGGACCAUAGCUAACAUGACAAAGGCACAGGACUUGCAUAAUGGAGCUCAUGAUUGCAUGGGAUAGUCUCACAUGCCCAAAUUGUCUAAUCAACACAUAUACUUGAAUGUCCAGUAUUCACCUCAAACUAUAGAACAGUGAACUCCUGAUUCCCUGCUCCAAGCCAUCAUCUGAUUACACAUAUGAAAUAUUCUCCAGUCACAGUAUUCACAACAUCACUUAAUGGCAGCUCCAUCUUUCUAGUUGUUCAGGACAAAAACAUUGGUGUCAUCCUUGAUAUUGUUUCCCUAAAUGCCCAUAUCCAGUCCAUCCUGUUGUCUCUACCUUCUGAAAUGAAUUCGGAACGUGAUGAUGUCUCUCGCUCACUCUGCUGCUAUGAUUACUGCAGUAGCAUCAUAACUAAUCUCCCAGCUUCUUCCUGAGACCAUACUUCCAACAGUCUGUUCUCAGCACAGAAGUUUGAUGGUCCUCAGGGAAGGUCCUGGCUGUAGAAGACUAGAUAGAAAGAUAGAUUAAGAUUGAAUGAUGGGUUUCCCUGGUGGCGCAGUGGUCGAGAGUCCGCCUGCCGAUGCAGGGGACGCGGGUUCAUGCCCCAGUCCGGGAGGAUCCCACAUGCCGUGGAGUGGCUGGGCCCGUGAGCCAUGGUCGCUGGGCCUGCGCGUCCAGAGCCUGUGCUCCGCAACGGGAGAGACCACAGCAGUGAGAGGCCCGCGUACCGCAAAAAAAAAAAAAAGAUUGAAUGAUGAUGAUGAUGAUGAUGAUGAAGAUGAAUAUGAAGGAGGAAGAGGAGGAGAAGAAGGAAGGAAAGAAAGAAAAAGGAAGGAAGAGAGAAAGGAAGGAAGGAAGAAAGAGAAAGAGAAAGAAAAGGAGCGAGGGAGGGAGGGAAGGAAGGAAGGAAGGGAGAAAGAUACGUAAAACUAUGAGACUGGUUAAGAUCACCAAGGCAAUGAUUGUAAAUGAAGGGAAGAUCUAAAGACAGGCUCUGGGACACCCCAACAUUAAGAAUUUGGAGGAAAAAGUAGGAACCAAUAAGCAGAGACUGAGAAGUAGCAGCCAGUGAGGUAGGAGGAAAACCAGGAGAGUGUGGCAUACUGGAAGGCAAGAGAGGAAAGUAUUUCAAGCAGAAAGUGAUCAACUGCAUGAAAAGUUGCCAAUCGCCAAGUAAGAUGAGGACUCAGAGUUGAUCAUUAGAUUUAACAACACAGAGAUCAUUCAUGGCCUUGAGAAGAAUAGACUCAGGUGAGAAGUGGAGGUAAAAGCAUGACGGGAGUGGAUUCGAGAGAGAGGAAGAGCAAUUGGUGAUAGCACGUGUAAUCAACUGCUUUAGGGAGCUUUGUUCCACAGAGGUGCAGAAAAAUGAGAUAGCAUCAAGAGGGCUUUUUAAAGGUAGGAGAUAUAGCAUGUUGGAUGUUGAUGGAAAAGAUCCAGUCAAGAGGAAUAAACUGACGAUGGAGGAGGGAAAGGGAGAACUGCUAGAGCAAUGUUAUGGUGCAGAAGUAACAUAAUAGGAGUGAGUCACAGGUUGAGGGGUUGGCCUUGGCUAAAAGCACAGAUGUUUCACUGGUGGUAAGUAGAGACAAGGUGACAGUAAUGAGGGACUCUGUGUAUCAUGAGAAGAAUGGUUUUUCUACAAUUAAGAGAGCAGGGCAAAUACCUAAGGGGGUGAAUGAGGAACUGGGGAGGAUCAUGGCUGGGGGGAGGGGCUGAUACAUAGAGCCAAAGCCGGAGACAAAAAGGAAUUCUGGAAGUUGCCAUGGCAAGGUUUUUUAUUAGGGCCUAAGGAGUUGGUAGCAGCAUGUGAGCCCAGGUGGGCAGAAAAAAAAGUUGAAGUUGGUGAUCACCUGGUAACAGGUAUGGCAUCCUAGUGUUCAGCCAGGGACUAGGGAGUUUUGGGGGUGGGAGGAGAGACUGGGACGCAGAAAGACAAAGAGGCUGCCCUGAGUGGAUGGGAGGGAACUCUGUUUUGGACACCUCAUUCCUCUCAGAAGGUGGCACCUCUCCUCUGCAUUCCCACCAUCUGACCUACCACGGAGGAGAGAGUAAGGGCAGGAAGUGCUGUGGCUUCCUCAUGGUGUGGUAUGGGGGACUGUGAGAUGCCCCCGCCUCACUGUUUCCUAAGGAAAUCCAGGAUGGCUCAACAUACCAUCAAACCAGGAGGCAGGGGCAGGAAUCUCUUCCUCUGAUAGGACUCAACACUUAGCAAAGUGUAUCCACUGCUAGCAGGAUGCAGAAAAGCCAGAUGGGAAGAAGCAUGAAUGUGUCCCUCCUCUGAAUGGUGAUUCUGUGCCUAAGGGUUGGGGGCCCAGCCCCUGGGGGUAGAGAGAUGAGCUGGAACCAAGACCUUCAGGAUUCUCAAGUCUCAGCAAAGUUAAGAGCUGAGAGAAGACACGGUCAGAGCCUAUAAUUCAUGCAGGAUGUUGUAGAGGGAUGAAACCUUGCUCAUUCCAUCCUAUAACCCUAGCACAAGCCCCACCUUCCAGCUCCCCCUAGGCUCAAGAGGUAAAAUCAGAAUGAAAACUCUCAUGGCAGGGCACAAACUCAAGUAUUUACUCUUCCAGAAUUGGUGGUAGAUGCUAGGAGUACAUCAGUGCUUGCUUGGGAGCUUUGGAGUUUCCUCUGCCCUCUGAGGUACCAUAUUGUCAUGGCGAAAGGUUUUGACCUUCUGGAGCCCUUCUGGUCUCUGAGGAAAGCAUUUCAGAAUUCUAUAGAGAGAAUUUAAGGCAACUGCCUUCCUGCAGUGGAGGAGAAUGGCUUCUCCACAAACUCACUUCUGUUAAACAAUGAGUCCCAGCGAACAGGGAGCGUGGCUGCUUCCUUUUUGUACCUCCUCACUGCAGCCCACACAGAGAGGGCAACAAACACAGGACGGCACAGGAAUAAACCCCACGGAGAUGCUGCAUCCUGCACCAUGUGAGAGAACAAUAAGGAUAAUCUUAUUUUAAUAAGCCAAAUCCUCUUAAACUUUAUAAAUAUUUAUAACACAAAAGUGUACAGAUUUUUACACAA